AUGUCACAAAACUUAAUUUUCCUUCUUCUCGCCAUCCUGGUGGUCCCAGGAUACUGCAUAAUUAUGCCUCAACAACCUCCACCGCAAUCUUGCCCAGGAGAGUCCAAUGGAAACUGUGAACGUGGAUGGAAAAACUUCACACGGCCAUCGGGAGAGUGGUGCAUGAAGAUCUUCUACGAGAACUCCAUCACCCAACCAACUGCUGAGCAACAUUGCCAAAAGUAUGACGCCACGUUGUCAGGUCUUCAGAAUCAGAUGGAGGCUCAAUAUGUUAUUUCUACUGUAACCCGCCGCAUCUAUCCUGAAACUGGAAGCGUCUGGGUUGGCAUGGCAAGAAGAAGUUUUUGUCAAACAGUUGGAUUGACUGAAGAUUGUAGCUGGGCUACCAGUUUCCAAUGGACCGAUAAAUCAGCUACAGGAACCGAUGGAUUUGAAUGGGCAUGUAAUCAACCGGAUAAUGCUAGAGGUCGCUCCCAACAUUGCGGUGUUCUAACUGUUUCAUCUCAGGGAUCUGUUGAUGGAAUCCAAACUGGACUUUUGGAUGACGUUGGUUGCGAGUUUGACUUCAUCAAAAAUGACAAGAAGGAAAGAGACAUCAAGGCAUACAUCUGUGGAAAGAAACCAUAA